AGAUGUCUUCAGAAUCAUUCUCACCCUCAAGCGUUUCCUCUGACGAAGAGCCCGUUCACGAGAUGGCGAAUGUAGUUAAAAAUUUUGGCACCGAGGAGCUAAUCGAAUAUUUACGAGAAAAACGAGAAAAGAAUUUGUAUCUCAAGGAAGCCCAUUUUGAAAUAUUACGUAAAGAGGAAAUAACUGGUUCUUCUUUUCUAUAUAUGACUAAAGAAGACUUCCGCAGUAUUGGGUUUGCGUUUGGACCUGCCACGGAAUUAGCAAAUUUAAUCGCGGAUCUAAAAAAAUUAAAAACUCCAAAAUCAAACACCGGACUUGUGUCCGUUUUUGUGGACAAUUCCAACUUGUUUAUCGAAGGAAAGUAUACUAUAGGUCAACUCGAAAAAGCAGGCACAUUUGAUCAACAGAGAAAUUCCUUUUACCUCAACCAGCUUCACAUCGACCAUGGUCGUCUUCUAUCAACAAUAUUGAAAGGACGACAAAUGGGUAGCAAUCCAAUUAUUGUUGGCUCUCGUCCGCCACCGAACGAUUCGCUGUGGAAGCAGAUCCGAAAUCAAGGUCAUGAUGUGGUCGUUUACGAUCGAAAUAUCGAAAAUAAAGAAAAAAAAGUGGAUAUGGCUCUCGGGGUUUCUGCAAUGAAUGUCAUCUGGUCUAAUGAUCCCGGUGUACUCGUCCUAAUAGCUGGUGAUGGGGAUUAUGAACCUGUAAUAAAUGAGGCUCUGAAACGCAAGUGGAAGGUUGAAAUCUGGUUUUGGUCAUCAGGAAUAUCCGGUGAUCUCAUGAGAAAAUCCAUUUUUUAUUCUUUGGAUAAUUUCUAUCAACAUUUUACAUAUGUGUACGGACAAGACCCCGUUGGAAAAAAUCAUACCCUUGAAAUAACUGACGGUGAAACGGUUGGAAAAUGGGGGGAUGAUGAAGUAAUGAAUUGUUUUGUUUCAUUAAAGUUAUAUGGAUGGUGGUACCGGAAAGAAAGACAGAUUAUAUAUUUGUACUUCGAUAACAAAGCGAAUUUGGAAAAGGCAAAAAAUUGGAUGGAGAUUGAGUAUCCUGAUAUACAGGUUUGGGAAGUAGAAAAGAAAG